CUUUAGAACAUAAUUCCUAUUCCAAUGCAAUAUUCGUAUGUGCACGCAACAUACUAGGCUGCCUAAAAACACAUGUAACUUGUGCGCUCUAGAAGCAGUCCAAGCUAUGGUUGCCUGAUGAUUCCUACUCUAUUUUAUUGGAUGCGCUUCGCAAGACCUAACUCAUAGGGCCAAGUAAGGGAAAGACGAGCAUGUCUAGUAUGAAGGGAGCGGCCGCGCCCAGCUCGCAAGGAGAAGCCAAGAAGCACAAGCACAAGGUCGACCCUCGCAUAGAGGCAAAGAUUAUGGAGCUACGGAUAAAGGCCAAGGAACACCUAUCAGUGAAGCAGUUUGAGGAGGCGCUGCGGUGUCUAGACCUGGCCAUAGACCUGCACUCAACCAGCUACAAGCUGUACCGCAUGCGCUCCAUCGCCCUGUCCUGCCUGCAGCAGUACGAGCGGGCAGCGGCGGACGCGGACCGCGUGAUGGAGCUGGCGCCGCACAUCAUGGACGGCUACUACCACAAGGGCUUUGCGCUCUUCCACCUCAAAGACUACGCAGGCGCGGCACACGCCUUCCAGCAGGGACUAAAACUGAACCCCACCGACAAGACGUUGCGGCAGGGCUUCUGGGACGCCAUUGCGCUGGUGUCGCAGAGCCGGACGGAGGGGGGCAACGAGCCAGAGCUCGUGCCGGCCGGGACAGCGGCGGCGGCAGCAGCAGCAGCGCUGGCAGCAGCAGAGGCGCCAGCAUCAGGGGUGGCAGUGGCGGCGCCUUCGGCGCUGUCAGGGGCAGAGGGGUUAGGGGAGGGUGCCAUGGAUGGAGAGGGGCCGGCGUCAGCGCGGGAGGACGGCGGCCAGGCGGACGGGCAGUAAGCGCGAGUCCAUCUUCACAGGUGCAACAUUGACGACGGUCCUAACGCAUCUACACAUGUACGAGAACGGUUGCCUGGGAGGGGUCAAGGCGGCGUGAAGGAGUGCGUGCAUGGCGCCGCCGAACAGCGGCAUGUUGGGACUGGUGCCCAGUAAUAGAACUGGCCCCGGCUUGGUUCGGGACAUGAGGCUAUUCCGGCAUGCCUCGGCUGAACUCGCUCUCAGAUGUUGUGAUGCGAUGUGGGCUCAGGCCUCGUCCUUGGAGGGGCUGCUGGGUCAGUGCGCUAGGGUAUUGAGUGCGAUGGGCCAAUGGGGGCAUUGGUCUCGUUGCCGGUUGCCAAGGGACUCGAGGGACAGCUUGGUCUAUUUGAAGAAUGGUUAUAUCGCAUUUCGCACAUCACAUCACAUCACAUAAUAGGGCGGACUGGAGCAGGAUGGCGACGCUGACGAAAGAAGACGUGGGAAUCCAUCUCGCAGCAGAAUGUGAAACGGCCCUGGCGGACCAUCGGCGUGUUGCCACCCUUACCUUCGC